AUGGCAACCCUUUCUUCUUUCAAAACUACACGCCUAUCAUGGAAGCUCUUCUUCCUUGUUCUUUUCUUCACAAUCCUCCUCGUUGGCCCAAGCUCUGCAACCAGCCGCGGGAAAACAAUAAUGCAACCGGAGCAUCACCGGAAAAAGUAUGAUGUAGGUUCAAAGAACCCCAGCUUGCUUUUCAAUGUUGGGUCAAGUGAAGGUGUCGUUCCACGUGAAGAUGUUGUGCCAAGUGAAGAUGUUGGGUCAACAUGGAAAAGUUGCACCAUCAAGGAGAAGUUGGGCCAUCUCUUGGGAGAUGUAGCACCACCCUUGUUUUUUGGAUGGGCCAACAUCAUUCAUGUUGCGCCAUCUUGGCUUCAUGCUGAGCCAUGA